AUGUCUGACAGCUUGUUUGAAUGCAUCUGGAGUAGUCUGGAUUUUCUUGUUGCUAAUAAGUGCACCAAGAUAGAUAUAUUUUCAGAUCAAGUCAAUGGCGGCUAUUCUUUUUUGUAUGUUAGAGGAAAUAAGUUAUUCUCUCAAAGGUCAAAUUUAGGAUACCUAAACAGGUUGAAUAGGGCUCUUGAGUUGAAAUUAGGAGAUUACAGCGGAUAUUAUGAUAUACACAGUUCAUUUCAUGAUAAGAGGAGGGACAUUAGCUUGGUGUGUCCCAAUUUUGCGACUUUUGUCAAUUGUGAGAUUGAACCAGAAUUUGAGCAAACCUUUGCCAUAAUGAUUAAAACAAAGGAAACCGAAAAUGUUGGUCAACAAGCUUCUAGUUUGAGUUUUGACUGGGAUGUCAUUUUUCAAUAUAUAGUAAUAAAAAGGGAAAUACAGUAUAAAAUAAAUAUUGGUCGUUUUAAUACUAACAAAAAUAUAAUUUUCAACACUAGUCUACUAAAGCAAUUUAACAAAGAUUUGAAUAUAGAACAUGCUUUUGGCCAUGCUUGUAGUACUAAAAAUGGCUGCCUCGAUUAUGACAUUUCUAAGUAUAAGGUAAGGAUAUCCGAUGAAUUUUCAAUAGAUAUUCGUUCAUUCAACGAUAGACUAAGGGAUAAAAAGCACACAUAUCUAAAAAAGAUAUAUCUAUACAUUAAUAAGGAAAUUGGUAGAUGUCUAGUUGAUGAACUUGUUGGCACGUCCAAUACUUUUUGGGGAAUGAUUUUUUUCAAUUUUAAUGUUUUGGAUUCCAGGAAUUUCAUUCAGAGGAGCAUUGAAAUAAUGAAAAAUAUUAAAAAAAUUAAAAAGUAA